CGAGUUCUGUUGACAACACGGAGUAUUAUAUAUAUGAGCGAUCCCGAUCGCGUGCCGCUCGUUUCAUCGACCUCGACUGAGCCACGGCCAUUACGGAUCAGCAGAAUGGCGAGAGGAAAGAUCAGAACGUGUCUAUGUGUUGUAGGUGUUUUUCUAGGUAUUCUCGCACUGUCUGCUAUCGCUGUCGUUAUCGCUGUCAUAGAACUGAGAAAAAAAUACACUGCAACGGUAGAAAUGAGUGGAAUGAGUCCCAAUCUAACGUGGGCCGUGCCUUUCAACGGAAAGUACGUCGAGCAAGUGACAUUGGAAGUCGACGACUUUAAAUACGUAUCAUACAUGAAUUUGUCUGCUUAUCCGCGGAUGCCACAAAUAAAAUUUUAUCGUCGAUAUCGCAAGGAAAUAGGCAACGUAUUUCUGUUUGCGAACCAGAUUAUCCGCGAAAAGAUGUUUCUCAACACAGGAUCUCGUAUUGAUGUGUCUUUCUGUUUCGACACGGUCAUACGGGUUGUUGUAAUGCAGUAUACUGGUGUGGUUAAUGACAUUGAUUAUUCCGGAUUUCAACAGUAUGUGAGAUUGGAUAAGACAUUUGUUUGUCUUGGAAAUUGCUCUCAAAAUUGUUCUUUCAAUCAUACCGAAUUUUUCUGUUCUCAAACUGGUAUUUAUCAGUUUCUGUUUACACCAUCAAGUUUGGCCUUACUUGUCUAUAUGUAUGAUGUUGAAUUUUCUGGAGUCUUGACAGAGUAUGACUUGGUGACUGGAAGGACCGAUUUUUGUAACACAUCAAUGAGAUAUACGGACUGCUCUGUUAGUCUUCCUCGAGAGGAAGGGGCUGCAGUGGUGAUUGAUGUAGGAGAUAUUCCUAUGAGUCCUGGAACUAAUCUGGACAUAGCUGUUGUGCUGAAAGGCAAAUUAAGAGGUGACUUUGUUGGGACUCUUGCUAGUGGUGUGAUAGGAUGUGGUGCAGCAUUGACUGCAGGAAUUCUGAUCAUUUGGCUCAUUAACAGGAACAAUAAGAGAGAAGAUGCAGAUAACAGUGAUGAAGAAACAGUUAUUACAUAAUGUAAUUAAUUGAAAUUAAUUAAUUUAAAGCAUUCUCUGUCAGAUGUAGACUAGGAGUGUGUUUCUUUAUUUCUCUUCUGCUCUUCUAGAAGAGGUAGAGCAGCAAUUUUCAGAAGAGGGCAGAAGAGUCACGCCCACUAAAAAGCUGUCAGAAGAGCGAUGAAUAAAGAAUAUCAAUCGGAGAGGCGCGAGCAUGCGUAGUAGACUCGUCAGUCACGAUAGGCCCCUAGUCUCGCGUGGCCAGACGUUU